ACCGAGACGAUCUUCUCUAGAUGAAAAUUCUAUGUCUGAUGUGGAGAAAAGGAAAAUACCAGAAUUGCGAGCUAUAUUAAGUCGUAAUGUGUCUGAUCAGGCAAUGAAUUUUAGGAAAGAAACUGAAGACUCAUUAGAUUCAUCAAAUACUGGAUUGGAAAUUGUCAAUGAAUCCCAAACUGGAUCCAGCACUACUACGGGUACAGAGUCUGAAAGUCAAAGAAAAUCAUCUACAAGAGAUGAAACAGAAAAAACUUCGGUUACUGAAACUGUGGAAUCAAGGAGAACACAAAAAUCUGCUAAAGCCUUUGAGGGAGAAUUAAUGACAGCUUCAAAUAGCACAUUGGUUAAUGAAACAAUUGCCUUAAUUGUAGGACAAUCAUAUUCAGUGGCACCGUCUAGGAAAGAAUCAGCUGCUUCACAUAAAAGUGCCAUUGAUGUAGAAAAAGUUUCACCUGCACCAAGCAGUCACCACACACCUAAUGGGUCACAAAAUCCAUUAUGUAGCAAGACUGAGUCAUUAGAAGAGUCUCAAAAGGCAAAGGGCAGUGAAGAUAAUAUUGCAGUGGGCGAGAACACUGACCAUGAAAACGAACUUGUUCGACCAAGCAGUGUCGGCAAUACAGAGGAGCUGAAAGAUGAUUCUGAACAAAAACCUAGGCUUAAAAAGAUCUUGUUACUGCCUAAUGAAACAUGUGAUGCAUUCUUGGUAUAAAAAAUUGUAUUGUAGGAUUUUUUUGUUGUUCUACUUCAAAUGAUUUACUGUUUUAUUUUAAAGUUUUGUUUAGCAUUAAUUAUUUUUCUUUAUUACAUCAAAAGUAAAUACUGAAAGCAAAUUAUGAUUUAUCUAUUUAUUUCUUAACUGCCAAGUUGUUGCUUACUUUGACUUGUUUAUUUUAAAUGAAUUUUAUAUCAUAGAAAUGAUAUGGAUGUCAAUUUUUCUAUGAAAGACAACAUCUUUCAUGAUGGAGAUAAAAAUACAUUUUUGAUAAUAAACAAAAAGACUAAAAAAUUGAAUUUAAACUUUAAAUUACCUUACAAAAAAUGUUUUGGUGAUGACGUUUCCAUUAACAUAUUUAGAAACUAUUUUACUCAAUGAUAACAUAAAUGUUGUUACGAUGUUUUUAAUAUAAGUAUUAAAUCGUUAUUAUAUUAAUUUUUAAAUCAAAUUUGUUUUAAUACAAGCGUUAAUUUAAGUUGUUUCAUCAACAUUUUUAUGUUUAAAUAUUUAAAUGCAAGAUAAGUAACUUUAAAAAAACAAUAAAUAAUUAUACUUUAAUGAUAUCACGUGGGCACAAACAAUGUUCAAUAGAUUUUUUUAUCCACUGUGAACAAUUUAAAAUAAAAUCAACUUAUUUAACUUAUAUAUUAGGUUAUAAGGAAGAAAAUGUUAAAUUAAAUGACAUUUAAAUUAUAUUUCUGGUAAAGUAUUACCAAACUAAUAAAAUUUCUACGUAUUGUUUAGAAACGUAAACUUGGUCCAGGAGUUUACAACCUCAUGUUAAAUGGACCUGUUGUGAAAGUUCUAGAAGACAGACCACCAAAGACUGGAUGGGCACGUCAAAUGGAAUUGGAACGAUUAGCAGCCUUGCCACAUUUGUUAUACAAGGAACAAUGGGAAGAGAAUAAAAUGCUGGUAAACUUUAGGAAAUGUUCUUUCUUCUGCUGUUUGCAAAUUAUUCUUGCAUCAUCCACAUGAAAAUAGAUUAACAUCUUAAGUGUCCAAACCUUUAGUUUUGAAUGUCUGCUGUUCCAAAGAGAAAAAUUGUUGUUGGUUUUGCAAAAAGAUAAUAGAUGAAAUUUUUUUUUAAAAAUUAAUGUUAUAUUCCGACUUUACAGAUGGGAACUCACGACAUUACAGAUGGGAACAAAAUAGCUAUAAAAGUGGUGCUAAUUAUACUUUUGUGUUAAUACAUUUCAUAUUAUUCAACACAUACAAAAUUUGUUCCAGAAAAAAAAACUUGGACCAGGUUCUUACAAUAUUAAAGAUUUUAUACAACUUUCAAAUGAAAAACCCAGAAGUGGAAGGGGAAUAUUGGACAAUCUAGCACCAAGAUUUGAAUCCAAGCUGUUAGUAAGUGUUCUUAAAGUCAAUAACACAGAAUUUUUAAUUUACAUAUUUUUUUUUAACAGAACAUUUCCUGUUGCUUGAAGUCAAUAACUAAAUAGAAAUUAUAACUAGUUAAUAUCUUAAGUUUAUCUUCAUUGGUUACAUUUUUCAGAGUGCCACACCGGGUCCAGGGACUUAUGGAAUUAAUGGAGUUCCUCAAAAGUCAUUGGAAAUAAAAGAUAACAAGUCAACAAGCACUAAAGGGUUACUUGAUGCCGGAGACAGAAAGAGAUCUUUGCCAUCUGUUGUGAGUUUCUCUGAAUACAACAUGGGGAAAUCCAUAGGUUGCAUGUGCUAAAAAUUGUCUAUUUUCUUUACUCCUCCUCCUCCUCCUCCCCCCCCCCCCCCCCAAUUUUUCCAAUUCCUGAAUCUUUAGACUCCUGCCACUUCUAAGCUAACAAAAAUUUGCUACAGAUAUUGAAGAAUAAAGUAUUAAAUAAAGCAAGAUUUCACUUUUGGUAUAUGAUUGGUAUGUCUAUGUCUUGAUCAGGAAACAUAUAUUUUUAAAAGAGUUUGAGAUACACUAUUUGUUGUUAAAUCUGUGGACGAUUAACAAAAAAAAUGUAAUGGCACUUCAUAGUUUUCAAUUACACCCCCCCCCCACCCCCCCAUUUUCCCAAAUAACUGCAGUAACUAUUAUUGACAGAUUCUCUAGCUGUGAAGUAAAUAAAAACUCAAACAUAAAAAAAUUACAUUAUCAACACAGGAACUAAAAUGAAAUUCUUCUAAUAAAUAACAAUCUUUUAACUGUGCGAAAAUUUAGGAAAUGAAAAUAAUUUGUACAAAAGUACAUUUGUGGAGUAGCUGGUUAAGUUACCUUGAUGGAGCUUACAUAUACUCUUCAGGUAGAUAUGUAUCAUUUUUUUUAGGGUUCUCAUCUUGGACCUGGAACUUACAACCAUAAGCCCUGUACAGAGCAACUUCUCAAUAAGGUCACAAGCCUGAAGGGACCUUACAACUUAUUCACUGGUGAGCGAGAUGAUCCAAUUAUUGCCGGCUAUUUAGCAGCUCCAGUAAGUAUAUUGUUUUGUUUUGUUUAAAAAUGUUUAUGGGUAGCAUAUAAAGAGUGCCAUCUUUUACGUAGCUUGUUUUCCCACUAAUCAAGUAUAGUCUGUUCACUGUCACUUUUCCAAUCAUUAUUGUUUUGAGCCCUUCUUUCCUGGCCCCUGCACUAUUUCAAGUUCAAAAUAUUUUUCUAGAUCCAAGUAUAAAAUUAUCAUCCCCUUUUUCAAUAUUCAUUAUGAUUUUCACCAUGAGAGCGAUUGUCUUGUAAAUUGGAUUUUGACUUUCUCAAUUUUUGGCCUCUUCAGUUUCAUUAUUUCUAUUUCCUUCUGUACAGGAUCUAUUUUUUAGCUUUCCCAUGUGAACAAAUUUGGGAUAUUUUAAAACCUUUUUAAAUUUAAGUUCCACCCAAGAUUGUAAAUGAAACACUGAUAUUGAAUUUCAUACUUCUCUAUGUUUUACCCUACCAUGAAGAGAAAGACAUUUGACCUGAAUUUCUUCAAUUCCAUUUUUACUCUGAUAGAUUUAUCCCUAUAUUGCCAUAUAUUUUCCCCAAAUAUUAAAAUACUCUUGUACAUUUCUUUAACAUGGUCUUGGAAAUACUAAUAUACACAAAAGAUAGUAACAAAUGGCAAGCAGAAAGGGAAAACAAUAAAAUCAAUAAGCCCUAAUUAAGCAUAUCAAAUCCAAUGUGUUCAUUACAGAAACUAGCAAAUCUGGGACCAGGUCAAUAUGAGGUGAAAUCAUUCAUUGAUGACCUUAAUACAGAACAUAAGAAAGGUUGUGGACGCUUUGGAAAAGCCUCCCAGUACCCUGACCUGCAUACUGAUCCAAUGGUGAGUGUAUGUGAUGUAUAUUCUUUAGUCAGUUUAAGAGAUGUUCACUUUGAUUCUAAUGUGGGUUCAAUUCAUAAUAAUAUUUUAAUGAAUUUAAAUAUUUUACUGAAUUGUAAAAAAAAAAAAAUGUCAUUCCUUAACCUGGCAUCAUGCAGAUUUAUUUUUCUAAGAGAUCUGUUAUCUGAAUAAUGUUUAGUGCUUUUUUUUGCUUGAUUAAAUUUGAAACAUGAACUGUAGCACUAUUAGUAAUGCCUAACUAAAAUACUUUCUUAUCAAAAAUAAAGUUUAGGCAAAUGUAAAUAUUUUCUUAAGGACUUUCCUGGGCCUGGAACAUAUGAUCCAAAGUUGCCUAAAUGCUGUUCGUGUCGAGAUAGCACGCAAGAAAAUCUGCAAAAGUGUGCUAAGGGUACAGAGAACUUGCCAGGGUUUCUGUCCUCUGCCAAACGGGAUGACAAAGUUUCCCAGAAAUUUUUCAUUGGCAACUACGUAAGUGACUCUAGUGCCAGCCCUUUAAUGAUAUUAAUCUCAAUUUUCAACCAUAUUAUUUCAGAUUACAUUAUAAGAAAAAAAACAACAAAUUAAAUUGUUGGAAGAAGAAAAAAAAAAAGAGCCAUGACACAUUACUACAGGAGCACAAUUUUUCCCACACAUGAUUACUAUAUAAGCUGCUUUGUUUAUACAUCCAAGAUCCAUUAUUUUUUUCGGAAUAAUUUCAUGUUGAAUAAAGAACGCAACAAAUUUCUCAUAAAUUGAGCAUAGCUUCUUACUCCAAAUUUAGUUUUCACAAAUAAAAAAUGUUUAUCAUUUUUAUUUUUCCGUUUUUUUUUAAAUUUCUCCUUAUUUUCACCCCACUGUGAACGUGAUUAGAGCAUAAUCAAAGUAUGCAUGUACCCAAGAUAAAAUCAAUCCAGAGUUUCCCAAUAUUCAAACUGCUCUAAUAGAUUAUUCUUCACUGUUAUAAAAUACUUUAAGGCCAUUUUACCUACCUAGGGAGUUCACACAAAUCUGUAUCAUCCUUACUUACAUUCCACCUAAUGCUAACAAGGAGCAAGCUACUGAGAGACUUUUGGUUGUAAUCUAUGAUUUCGAAACAAAAAACCCAGACUCCGUUUGUCUUGUUAUGGGGGACUUUAAUCAACUAUCACUGAAUAAAUCCAUCCCAACUUAGAUCCAGUACGUUACUUGCCCCACGCGACAAGACCGAACUCUGGAUAUGUGUUAUGGUAAUAUAAAAAUGGCCUACACAUGUCGUGCUUUAUUUCCACUUGGAGAAUUCCAUCACACAAUGGUCCACCUAACGCCAUGCUAAAAAUUCAAUAAAAAACUAUUGAACUGUGAUCAGAUGAGGCGACAGAGAAACUUCAAGUCUGCUUGGAAUGUACAGACUGGGACACGUUUAUAAACACUUGCCCGGACAUUGACGAGCUAACAAACACUGUCAAUUCCUAUAUUAAGCUCUGUGUAGGCAAAAUUAUUCCCCAAAAAACAAUCCGAGUAUUCAACAACAACAAACCCUGGAUGAGCAGAGAAAUAAAGGAAGCCAUACACCACAAGAAGAUCAUGUUUAAGAUUAACGAUCAGGAAUUCAUUAAAGCUAAAAAAAUAUAACAGGGUAAAAAACAAUAAAAGCAAAAAAUCGAAAAAUUAUUCACUACUAACAAUUCAAAGGCUUGUUGGGCAGGACUAAAGCAAAUAAAAGGACAUACUCCUAAGCAAGAAUGCUUAUGUGUUGAGGACGUGAGGAAUUUUUUUAACGACUUAAAUGACUUUUAUUGUCGUUUUGACAGCCUGGACUUUGGAAGAGUGCACAAUGAGAUGAAGAAUUCAUUUCAAGAUGGCAGUAGUACACAGGAUGGUACUUUAUUGUUUACCGAACGGACAGUGAUGUCAUUAUUUAACCAAGUGGAUGCAGCCAAAGCCUCGGGACCAGACAAAUUAAGUGGUCGGCUCAUUAAACUAUGUUCAGAGCAGCUCUCCUACAUUUUUUAAAAAAUAUUUAAUAAAUCUUAUGUAACUCACACAAUACCAGCAAUUUGGAAAACUUCAGAAAUCAUACCAAUUCCAAAGAAAAUUAAGGUAACUUGCAACAACGACUUACAACCUGUUGCACUUACCUCUAUUGUCAUGAAAUGUUUUGAGAAAAUAAUUCUGAAAGAAAUUUUGAAUGAAGUACAGCAAAAACUUGACCCCACCAAUUUGCUUACAAACCUGCCAGAAGUACGGAAGACGCAAUCUUAUUAUUGUUGGAGAGACUUUACCAUCACCUAGACAGUCCUAAAACAUAUGCCAGAGUGCUUUUCUUAGACUUCUCAUCAGCAUUUAACACUAUCCAACCACACCUUAUGAUAAAGAAACUUUCCUCGUUAGGUGUCAAUUUAAAUAUUCAGGCUUGGAUACUGAACUUUUUAACAAAUCGACCACAAUAUGUCAAAGUAAAUAACCAAGUAUCUCUAACCAGAGAAAUAAGCACCGGGACACCACAAGGCUGCGUUCUCUCUCCUGUACUGUAUGCAAUAUAUACAAAUGAUAUUCAAAGCUCAAGCGACACCGUUCCAAUCUUAAAAUUUGCUGAUGAUACCACCAUUGUUGGCUUAAUAUCUGAAGGAGAAGGCCUAUACCGCAACUUAGUUACAAGCUUUAUCAGUUGGUGCGAUGAAAAUUUUUUCCAGUUGAAUGUCUCAAAAACAAAAGAAAUGGUUGUUGAUUUCAGGAGGGGGAAAUACCAGAUUACAGAUCUCAACAUAAAAAAUCAAAAUGUGGAGAAAGUGCAUACAAGUACUUAGGUGUCACCAUUAAUAAUAAGCUAACAUGGCAUGAGCACGGCCAAAUGCUGUAUAAGAAAUUCAACCAAAGACUGUUCUACCUCAAAAAACUACAAUUUCUGCGUAAAAAAUCAAAUCGUUAACUUAUUCUACAGUGCAACUAUUGGAAGUCUGCUUAAUUUCAGUAUUACCUGCUUGUGUGGGAAUUCAAUGUCUGAUAUUAAACACCGCAUAAACCGACUAAUCAAGAAAGCUAGGAACAUAACACAAACUAAACAUCCUUCACUUGAACAACUAUUUGAAGAAAGAUGUUUUUGUAAAACUAAACAUAUUUUGGAUGAUACAUCCCACCCUCUUCAUCACAGAUACUGAAGAUCGGGCCGUUCAGGACGAAUUCUUUCCAUCAGGGCGAGGACUGACAGAUAUAAAAUUUCUUUUGUUCCCCAACCUGUACGAAUUUACCGGUGUGCUUCCUCUGAAGUCACACAUCUGAAUGAGAACUAAUAAGUCCCCGAUUUUGCUAAGAGAACUCACUGAAUGGCUGUUUGAAAUAAUUUAUUAUAAAUGUCUUGUCUUCAAAUUGUUUUAUUUUUGUGCUGGAAAUGUAUAAUGCCAUCAAAAAACAUUUCCAUUUAUUUGGAUCAAUAAAAGAAUCUUAUCUUAUCUUAAAUUUGUCAAAGAUCAAAGUGGGCUGGCCAUGACCUAGGGACUGACCUUGACCUAAGGAUUGACCUUGACCUAGGGGCCGGCCUAGGGGUUCGCUAUGACCUAGGUUAAAGAUCAUGUUUUUUAAAAACUAAAAGCUAUUGCUAUUGUAAAACCAUUAAUUUACAAACCAUAAAACUUAAACUCAUAUUUCCAAGUUAUACCUCCAGUUAUUUGAUCAAAGUACUGCCAUAUAUUCUCCAUUCCUAAAAUUUUAAUCCAACACAGCGCUUCUCAAAGUGGUUGCCCAUUAUGCUGGUCCACAAAAGUAAAAAUUUAAGAAGCUAGUAAAAGAACAAUACUAAAUAAAUAAAGUGUUAUUCCCCUUCUCGAAAAUAUCCACUUUGGAGCAGGGGCAUAACACUUUGCUGUCUGUCUUUCUUUCACACUGAGAAGUUGUAAGGGCACCAACCCACCAGACUUUCUAAAAUAUAACAAUUUAAGUGAUUUAACAUAUUGAACUCUUUUUUUUUUCUUUACAUCCAGAACCCUGUUGGUGCGGGACGUUAUGAUAUACAAAAAUUUGAAGAGGCUGCAGAUGUUAAUGGACAUACAAGUGUCUUUAAAUCAAAGACAGGAAGACCUAAUUUUCAAGUGUCCAAAUUUUUGCAGUAUGUACCAUUGUUAUCACAAAUAUGUUUUUUUUUUAAAGUGAAAAAUAAACAACAAAAAAAAACAACAAAUUAAAUUUGGUGCACAAUUUAAUACAUCACCAAACAUCCAUCUUUUCUUCCAAUGAUUUUUACCAGUUACCGAGCAACAUUAAGUAAGGAGUGUUAAUUUAAAUGAUCGCAGUUUCCAAAAUGCAUUGAAAAUAUUACCUCGAUCUUCAUUUCUUCCAGGGAGAGAUUACGUGGCAAAGACCUGUGCCCAGAAGAUAAGAUCUGUGUUGACAGAGUGAAAAGGUCCAUCACUGCCAUGUAACCAUUGUUCCUAAAUAGGAAUAUUUCAAAUAGAAGACGUCUUUCAUUAAUUUACAUGAACUUAAAAAAAGAUGCAGCAACAACACUACUGUCAAUGAGAACAGUAGUAUAGAGACCACCUUUGGAGAAUUUAUCAUUAAACAUGAAAACUAGGUUACCUCUUGUCUGUUAGUGGGUAGGUCUACUUCAUAGAAGAACAAUUUAUUGAGAACCUCUCUACUUGUGCACAUUCAAUGAUCGUCCUUCCACCGUUAAAAAAAAAAUAUAGCUGUGAUAAACUUAGUUAACAAAAUAAAACUAGUAUAUCAUUGAGUACAUACCUUGUUUUACUAUUUUAUACCAUUGAGAUGUGUUGCGCUAUGUAGUUACAGCACCAUUAACCAGACCCAGUAUUAAAAAUGUCCACAUGACUCCCCUUUAUUUUACAUACAUUUUGUUAAUGCAUAUGUACUUUAUCCAAAUAAAUUUAGUUUACCUGUAAAUGAUAGAGCCCUUUUGGAGAUGACAAAAAAAAAUAAAAAAUUCUGACGUUGAAUUUCAAUGAAAAUAAGAUUAUUGUGUCUAUUAUUUAGAUAUAUAGGGAGUAUUUGUUCAGCAGCACAGGAAGUAGAAAACCCCCAAGCAAGGGUAAUUCACAGAAUCAUUUUAAGAAACUAGCAAAGGCGAACUAUAACUUAAAUUAUAAAUAAACUCUAAUUUAGAAACACUGAAACCUAGGCACAAAUUGUGACAUAACUCUUCUAUGCAAAUUUUCAAGCAUAUAUUUAUAUGCUACUCAUUAUACUAGUUACUGAUAGUGGCUAACAAUAAUUGUGAAAUUUAUGAGAUUUGCACAUAUUAGUUCGAUAGUGGUAAUUGGUUUGAAAUAUUCUUUUAUUCAUUCAGCUUUACAUUUACCCAACCUUAGUCUCCUCUUUAGUUGGAGUAAAAUGCAUUUUGUUGUUUUCUUUUUGCUCUUGGGUAAAACAAGGUAAAUUUACCAACAUCUUGCUUUCUCUCCCCAUUUUUUAUUUAUAAAUAUAAACCAAGGCAAAACUUCAUUGAGUUGUGUUCUCUCUCGCUCUGUGCCCCAUAGUUAAACUGUAAAUUUUGAAACUCUCAAAUUACAAUGUGACCUAAACAUGAAUAAAAAUCAUUCAUCUAUGCUGAAGAUAUGGCAGAUAUUUUGUGUGUACAAAUCUUUACAUGAAAUUCAAUUAAUGUUUCAUUAUUCGUUUGAUAUGUUGAUUAAUUUUUUCCUGUUGGUAUAUAUUUGCUUUGUUUCUUUAAAGUUUUUCAAAAAUUUUCUCAUUUGAUAUUUUAACAAGACUUUCUGUGUUCAAGAGUAACUCUUUUUCCCCCAUUCAGUAUUAUCUUUUAAAUUAAAGUUGAUGCUCAGUUUCUUUCAAAAUAUGUGAAUAUCUUAUAACAAUAAAUGCAUGCUGUAUUGAAACUGCAAAACUAAAAUUGGUUCUAUUAAAUCUAAAUUAAACAGGUAAGUCUCAAUUGGUCUAUGAAUUUUAUAUAAUGUGAGUUGUACAUUGUUACCUGUUUGCAUCUAGUGCAACCCAAAUUUCAUUAAUGCUGCUAACAUAUUUUGAACAAUAAAAAAAUUAUAUUUUUGUGAAUGACCUUGAAAAUAUAUUACUUUAAUUUUAUUUCCCUCUUAACAAUUAAAUUAUAAUUUAUUUUUAUUCUUUCACAUUUUUGUUAAAUAACAUUUACACACUUGUUAAAUAUUUUAUUGCCCACUUCUUGAGCAAGAACAAAUUAAAAAAUAAUAUACUAAUGAUCAGUUUGAAUGGUGUGUAAUCUAUUAAUGGGACAAUUUUAUGGAAUUUUUUUCUCUGCACCAAUUGAGACCUACUUUGAAUUAGAAGUUAAUCAACCAAACAAAAAUUAAAUUCCUUAUACAUUUUAUAACAAGUGAGAAGUAGAAUCUCUGUAAUAAUUUUAGUAUUAUUAGUGUUAUUGUUAUGGAAUAAGUUUUAUUAAUGUUUAUAUGCAAGAACAUUGAAUGUUGUAAUGGCUCUAUGGAAUAUAAAGUCAUAUUAUUUUUUAUAUAUAUUAAAACAACAAUUUUAGUACAGCCAGUACAGUAAUAAUUUGGUGAUAUGUGAACAUUCUGUAUGUGGUUCUGAUAUGAAAAUUGUAUGUUCCAUUGGUGAAGAAAUAAAACUUUUUU